AUGGGUUUACAAGCAGAUAAUGAAACAGGAAAUGGGUCACACAAAUCUUCAAUGAAUCCCUCCAUUUUUAGGUACAAUUCACCCCUAGUGCAAGUUGGUUUGAUAGGUUUAGUCUGUUUCUGUUGUCCUGGCAUGUUCAAUGCUUUAUCCGGUAUGGGUGGUGGUGGCCAGGUCGAUCCCACCGCCGUCAACAAUGCCAACACCGCCCUCUACACUACCUUCGCCGUCUUCGGCAUCCUCGGUGGUGGCAUCUACAAUAUUUUAGGCCCACACCUUACCCUUUUCUCUGGCUGCUCCACGUAUGUUCUCUACGCCGGCUCUUUUCUCUACUACAACCACUACCACCACCAGGCAUUCGUCAUCGUCGCCGGCGCUUUUCUCGGCGCCGGAGCCGGCCUUGUUUGGGCUGCCCAGGGUGCUAUCAUGACCUCAUACCCACCCCACGAUCGCAAAGGGACAUUUAUCUCCAUGUUCUGGAGCAUUUUCAACAUGGGUGGAGUGAUUGGGGGGUUUAUACCAUUUAUCCUGAAUUACCAUAGAGAAGAAGCCACCUCUGUAAAUGAUGGAACCUAUAUUGGGUUCAUGAUCUUCAUGUCUGUGGGGACUAUUCUUUCAUUAGCAAUUUUGCAUCCUAGCCGUGUUGUUCGUGACGAUGAAUCUCAGUGUACAAAUAUAAAAUACUCCAGUGUCUCUGUGGAAAUCAUUGAAAUUCUCAAAUUGUUCCUCAAUUGGAAGAUGCUCUUGAUCAUCCCAGCUUCUUGGGCUAGUAACUUCUUUUAUAGCUACCAAUUCAAUAAUGUUAAUGGGGCUUUGUUCAAUUUGAGAACCAGAGGAUUGAACAAUGUAUUCUACUGGGGUGCCCAAAUGAUUGGCUCUGUUUUUGUGGGCUAUAUUAUGGAUUUCAGUUUUAAGAGCAGAAGGAAAAGGGGAUUGGUUGGGAUUGGAGUUGUGGGUCUGCUUGGGACUGCGAUUUGGGGUGGUGGGCUUGCUAAGCAGCUUGAGUAUUCUCGCCAAGAUAUGCCUAAGAUAAAGCUGGAUUUCAAGGAUGGUUCUGAUUUUGCGGGGCCUUUUGUCUUGUAUUUUAGCUAUGGAUUGCUUGAUGCCAUGUUCCAGAGCAUGGUUUACUGGGUUAUUGGAGCUUUGGCUGAUGAUUCUGAGAUCCUUAGCAGGUAUACUGGGUUCUACAAGGGAGUGCAGAGUGCAGGGGGUGCAGUUGCUUGGCAAGUUGACGCACACAAGGUGCCAUUCCUAAACCAACUGACAGUGAAUUGGGUGCUUACUACCAUAAGUUUUCCGUUUUUGGCGGUUCUCAUCAUGUUGGCAGUAAAGGAUGACAACAAAGCUGAACAGGGGACCUCAAAGGAGGUUACUAUUGUGCCUGCUAUCCUAGUUGCCUCCACAUAUGACGCCAAUGGUGGGCUUAGCAAGAUCACCUAAACAUCAGUCCUUUCUUCAUUAUUGAACUGGAUGAAGUGUACCCAUAAUAUGUUAGCUGUAAAACAAUUAAAGAAAGACGAGGCCAAUACACAAAACUCUUGUCAUUAAGGAAUAUGGGGAGAAUCAAAUGUACUUGAGUUUACUUGUAUACGGAGAGGCUAGUUGUAUGAUAAAGAAAUGGGAAUGUUUUUAUUGUUGCUGGAAUGUUAC